AUGGCAUGUACUGAUAAUGAGGAUAAGAUUAUUAAUUCCCAGGUGAGAUUUGUAGAUAUCAAUGUGUAAAAUGUGUCAAUUUCAGGAAGAAGUCGAUAAAAAUGUUCAGGACGAACCUUGUUCAAGUACGCAAGCUGACUUCUUCGAAUGCGCGAUAGAGCCGCAGGUAUGUGUGCCGUUUUGAUAAACUUUUUAUCAAAACUUGGGGCAAAUGAAUACGCAAAGUUAAUUUAUUUUAUUUCAGUUAGAACAAACUCCGACAACGAGCUCGCUUGAUCUGUCUCAGUUACCCUCAACUUCAAAGGCAGGCCUAAUGAUUCGAAUUGAUGAGAGUAAGUCGGUUUUUAGUUCACUUUUUUAAUUUUUAGAUUAUUUCAAUUUAUUUUGUGGUUAUACUAUUGCUUUAAAUAUUUUAAAAUGUAUUUUUCUUUUGAAUAAAUAUUUGUUACCUAAAAUUUGGCUUAAGUUGAAUAGUUUCUAUGUGAGUUUAUUUUGAGCAGUAAUAUAACUUAAAUUGAUUUUCAGAUGCAUGGGACGUUGAUGACGCAGAAAUAAUGGGUGGUGGUUGCCAUAAUUGUAGCUUAAUGAUGGAGAAUGCUUAUAAAGCACAUGAAGCUGUGGUUGACAUUGCUAAAAAGGUGUCUCGUCUGGCGCAUGUUGAAGAGGUAAGUUGUCAUUCAGUUUUUACUUUAUCUUCUUUAAUUUUUGGUUAUUUAAGUGUAAAUUAUUAAAUCCUUUUAAGGAGCUAUCAGUACUAAGCAAAUUGUACGAAGAGCGCCACUUAUCUUUGAUGGAAAUGAAAGAGAAGAACAACGAGUUAACGAAGCGAGAAUUAGUGUACAAAGAACAAUUAGAACAAGCUGAAGAAAAGGUAUCUAACUACAGGUAUCAAGCUGAAGCCGCUAGGACAGAAGCAGUCAAUGCUAAGGUAUGUUAUCAACAAUGUUACUGUUGGUUUUUUCUUACUCUGGUUUAUUUUUUAUUUUAUUUUUUGUUUCUAAUUCCCAAUUUUAUAAAUUAUUAUGGCUUUUUAUUCUCAGUUUUUUACUUACAUUUGGUUUUUAGAAGUUGGCUAAUGAAGGAAUCACAGAGAGUCAGAGCAAAUUGGAUCAAUACAAAAGCGCUUUCAAUGAGAUGAAGACUAGGUACGGUGAAUUGGAAAAGAAAAUUUACAACAUGGCGAAAUUGGCAGCUGUAAGUUGUUUUUUUACCAUCUGCAGUUCUAAACUUUAAGAUGAAACUAGUAUAUUUGUUCAGAAAUUAGAUAUAUAACUACAAUAAUGAUGUUGUUUUAGAAUAUGAAUGUUGAGAACGAAAAGUUGAAAGAAAAAUUGAGAAUGUUUUCGGAUGGUGUCACGACACAACAUGUAGAAACUCGUUUUUCUGAAGAAUUUGCAAUGAACGGUACUUCUCAUGUCUUUGAUGACAAAAAUGUGUGUCCAACCAUUGAAAAUACAUCUGACGAUCAUAGUGACGAUGGACACGUGCAAGUAAGGAAUUCGAGAAAGAGAACUGCAAACAACAAGCCAAGGAUUGGAAUCCGCGCUAAGAAACCGCUAAAGUCAAACUGUACGUCUCGAGGUAAAUUAUUUUUGAGUUUGCAAGUUAUAUUUUACUAAAAUGUGUUUUUAUAAUAUUCAUUUUAGCUGUCACAAGGAACGUUAAAAAAUAUUCUGCAACGAAUGAUACACAAGAUGUCAUAACGAAGGAUACUGAAGAUGUUGCAAUGAAGGAUAGAGAAGAUUCAAGGACAAUAAAUGUUACAGAAGACGUCGCAAUGAAUGAUACAGAAGAUGUCACGAUGAAGGAUACAGAGCAUACCACAAUCAGUAGUACAGAAGAUACCACAUUCAAUGUUACAGAAGACGCGACAUUGAAUGACACGGAAGAUAUCGCAAUGAAAGAUGCAGAGGAUACCACGGUGACGGACAGUUCUCAUGUCUCUCCGACAAUCGCUGAACAAAGUGUGUGUCCAUCAAUCGGAAAUACAGCUGCUGACGAUGGUAGUGAUGAUGGAGACUUGCAAAUAUUUGAACCAGAAUAUGAUGAAGAAGCCAACGACACGACACCUGGACCUUCUGCAAAUACAUCUACUUCGAUUGGGUCAGAUUUACUACCAAGUUCGAUAGAUGCUAUGGUAAAGGAACGUGAAAGGAAACAAGAUCUUCUACGCAAGUUUGAUCCGUCUCCCAUCUUUGAAUGCGCUUUUCUCAAGUUCUACGAAGGCUACAAGCCAUUAGGGGAGUUGGACUUGAAUACAGUUACAGUAGAAAGUACAGAACUGGAGAAUGAAAGGGAUAAACAAAUACCUAAGAAGCGGAAAGAACCGGCUACAGUCGCACCGUAUGUUUCAAGGUAA